AUGAAGGGAGGCAGCACAAAGUCACAGACACAGUGGUUUACGAUCGGCCUCGUCUUAUCAUGUUACAUCGCCAUUGUUUGGAUGAAGAUGGUGCCUCUCCAAACUCUUAGGUCUAGGGUUCAGUUUUUCAAGAUCUCCGCCCUCAGUUUGGUGUUUUGUGCCUCCGUCGUUAGCGGAAAUGUCUCGCUUAGGUAUUUGCCCGUUUCCUUUACGCAGGCCGUCGGUGCCACCACACCAUUCUUCACGGCGGUGUUUGCCUAUAUCAUGACUAUGAAAAGAGAGGCAUGGUUGACCUAUGUAACUCUCAUCCCUGUCGUCACCGGCGUUGUCAUUGCUAGUGGGAGUGAACCGAGUUUCCAUUUAUUUGGUUUCAUCAUUUGUCUUGGCGCCACAGCUGCAAGAGCAUUAAAGUCGGUGCUUCAAGGAAUUUUGCUAUCCUCAGAAGGGGAGAAGCUAAAUUCCAUGAAUCUUUUGUUGUACAUGGCUCCAGUAGCUGUUGUGAUCCUGCUUCCUGCAACAUUAUUAAUGGAAGAUAAUGUGGUUGGGAUUACUAUAGCUCUUGCCAGAAAAGAUGUGAACAUUGUGUGGUAUCUGCUGUUUAAUUCUGGUUUAGCGUAUCUUGUCAACUUGACCAAUUUCUUGGUUACGAAGCAUACAAGUGCUUUAACUCUCCAGGUUUUGGGGAAUGCUAAAGGAGCUGUAGCUGUUGUGAUAUCAAUUUUGAUAUUUAAGAAUCCAGUGUCAGUAACAGGGAUGCUAGGUUACUUGCUUACAGUGUUUGGGGUGAUUUUAUACAGUGAAGCCAAGAAGAGGACCAAAUAAACCUCCUCCAUAUUCAGUUAACCUUUUGUAUUCUUUCACUUGAUAAAACAGUUUCCAUAUAUUUUGUUUGAUUUUUAGUCCCAAUUUGUUGUAUACCUUCAUGUGAUUAUGAGUUUACAGUUAUACUGUUGUAUAAAUACUUAUACAAUACCCUAGAAUCUCAAUAAAGUAACAUAAAUACCCAAUUGUUUCGUACUGUUUUUCUUGUGUUAUGCCGAGUUACAAUUUGAC